CUUAACAAAUGCCUGUGUGAAACUAUUUAAUAGUACGCUCGUAUUGAUUCAUAAUUGAAUAAGUCGCAUUAUCUUUGUUCAGUCGAAUUUUCAUAUUUUAUUAUAAAUAGUAUUAUUUAUUAUAAAAUUGAAUUUAAAGAUGUUUCUUCACGUGCGCUGUUGUCGUAAUUCCCGUAGUAACCUUCCUGGUUACGACUGCAAACAAACGUGUUUCAUUUUAGGCAUCAUCAGCUACAGGACUUAGCUACAACAUGUGUAACUAGGAAAAUAAUUCAAAGAUGGCUGGAUUUCAGACUAGAAAAGCAACUUCUUCUAAGUCCCCUUUCAUUGGAACAAGGGCCCUGCCACCCAUUAAUUCAACCUCUGACAGAAAGUUCUUCGACUCCUUACAAAAGUACAUACAGGACCAGAAGAAAUGCUUAAAUCGCCCAUCUGAAGGACCCGACCUGCAACGCUACAAUGUCUACAGUUCUGCAUUUGAUAAGGUGAUCGAACGUACCACAGCUUGCAAAAUGGUCCUGUCUGCCAUCAAAAAAGAUUAUGAUGACGCCAUCAGCGCUGUGAAGAGGAGUGAGUACGAGGACAGGCGUACACAGAGGAGGCUGAGGGGCAAGGCAGGAGAGCCCACUGCACUCAUGUACUAUAAAAUGAGAGCUGCACAGCUACAGGAGAGGAUUGCGAUCAUUGAGGAGAAUACAGCUCAACUCCACGCCGAGCUGAGGAGACUGCAGGAGAGGAGGAGAGAGAGAAGACCCUCACAACGGAACGCCUCAGACAGCAAAGACCUGCCAGCUACUGCAGCAAUACCAGGCCUUACGCUUCAGCAGUCGGUGAACCUGGAAACCCUGCAGACGUACCUGGAGAAGCUCGAGCGGAAGCUGGCGGACCUGCAGAGAAAGAAGCAUAGCCAGUAUGUGAGCAACGAGGUGAUGGCAGACCUGGAAAGCAAGAUGCGGUGUGCCCUGGACCACAGAGACGAGCUAGCCGCAGAGAACCUGACACUGGAGCUCAGACACAGGAAGAUGGUAUUUCUGUAUGAAGCCUUUAGUUCCUGGGAGAAUUCUGAAAGAGCCGUGCCCCUGUCGGAGUUCCUCCCAUCAAUCCUCGAAAAAAUUUCACAUUUCAAAGUACGUGACGCUGACUACCAUGAUGUCAUUACCAGAGUAUCAGAGGAGGACGACCCCUCCGAAGACGAGGAAUCCAAACUUUUGUCAGACUACGUGGAAAGGUUCACGCAGCUGUUCGAAGGCGGGGAGUACCAGGCCGCCGCCCUCCAUGCCGCGCGCGCCCCUCGCGGAAUCCUCCGGAACAUGGAGACCAUGGAUAGGUUCAAAGCUGUCGGGCGGUACGAGGGGGCGCUGCCCCCGGCCCUGCUCUACUUCCAGGCCCUGAUGAUGGCAGUGCCAGCGGGGCAGCGGCUGCCCGGCGAGGGCCUGGCGGUGGAGGGGGUCAGGUCAGCCCUGCAGAACGGCUGUCUGGAGCAGGCGGUGCACUGGGUGACCCAGCACAGGUUGACAUUCUCGGAGGCGCUGGGGGAUGUCCUCAACGCACACGCUCAAGAGGACGCGGUGGCGGCUGACUCCUGUUUGGCGCUGGCCCAGGUGGUGUAUGGCGCCUGUGAGCUCCACAGCAAGGCCGCCGUGUGCAUGAGCAGGAGGGGCUUCAUACACAGAGCAGUGGAGUUCAUCUACAGCAACAAGGCCUUCACUAAGGAUGAUUGCCUGUAUGUGGUGAGGAGCUGCCCCAGCGUAGCUCUUCUCCAGGCUCUGACUCAGGAGCUCCAGGGCCGCCCUGCAGUUCUGUCCCUGGGCUGGGCUGCCCGCUCCCUCAUGGACACCCAGAGUGAGGAGCUGGUCUACCAGCUGCUGGAGAGCAUGCAGGGCUGUGGUGCCCUGGAGCAGGCGGUCCGGGGCGACCGCGCCUACACAGCGGAGGGGUGGAGUCAGAUCGCGGGCCGCUGCAGAGAGACGGGCCGGCCCCAGCUGGCCCAGGCCGUCAGCUCCGCCCUGGCGUCUCUGCGGGGGGCUACGCGGCUCCCCCCGGGCAUCGAGCGCACCAGGCCCACGGGGCGCGGCUUCAGGCAGGACGCGGGUCUGUGAGCUCGGCCCUGGAGGGCCGCUGGAUCUCCUGGGCUUCAUUUUCAGCUUAAAAUCAGCAGCCAGCUCACACCCGAGGGCCAGGGCUGGUGAGUUAAUCGCCAGCGUUCAUGAUCAGUAAAGUACUGAGCAGCAGCAGACUGCAGCAGACCCUGCGGCUCUUCAGGACCAGGGCUGCAGACCCACUGAUGUAGGGCAGCAACACGGCCACCAGAGGGAGCCCUGGAGUUAGAACUCCCCCCUGGCUGAGGCAGUAAGGGAAGGGUCACAUGACACCUCAGCCCUCACAGGGUGCAUGGAGUCCAUAUGUCAUUGCUGCCUCCAAAAAAAAACCAGACACCCCAAGACUAGAAAAUCCUGCUCACAGGUCCCUGUGACUUAAAAUGAAUCUUUUUGUCCUUUUGGUUGCAAGUCUGGUGUUUAUAAUGCACCUUGAGGAAUGUGCAUUUCCUCUUAAGUGUGCAAUGAAAGUCAAACAGAGCUGUGUCUUCUUUUAUGCAUCUUUAGCACUGGUGUCCUUUCACCUGGUUUCCUGUUUCUCUCCAGGUGAGCAAGCCAGUGGCAUUGUAUUCAGAUGUUACCUCACCGCUUAUCAGAAUGGUUCAUAUGUUGCUUUUCGUAACUGGCAGAACUGUAAGUCCUGUGCAUUAUUACAUAAUAUUCACCACUGCAGACCUCUGUGUUCAGCACUGCACCCUAUUGGCUGUAUAUCCAAAUAAAUUUGCUUCAAAUUCAACUGUU